AUGAGAUUUUUAAUAGUAAAUGGUUUUAAUGCAACAUAAGUAAAUAGUAAGACUUUUGAUAAUUUUAGAUCAAGUAUUCAAUAGGUUAAGUUUAUAAUAAUAUAAUAGAUGAUAUCAUCUUAGAGAGAAGUAGCUGAUACUGAAUGUGAAUAUCAUAUUAGAGAUCGUCAUUCUUUAGAUGAUUUUCUUUAUGAGCCAGAGACAAGUUUGAUUAGAAUAGAAUAUGGUCUUAAGUUUGAUUCAUUAGAUAUAGUAUUUAUUAUUGCAUCCCCAAAUUAAAAACCAUGGCAUCCAAAUAUGAGAAAAGUAAUUGAAUAUUCAAUAUAUAAGGUACUUACUUUGAUUCGUAUGUGUUUAAAAACAAAGAAAUUAUUAUUCACUACAUCUUUUGGAGCAUAAGUUAUUGCUUAUUUGUGUUCAACAAAUUUUUCAGUGGUAUAUAUAUAUAAUGUUUAUCUAAAUUUAGUAUGCUAAUAUUACUAACAAUCAUGGAAAUGGUUGUAAAUUAGUAGAUUUCCCAAAAUAUACUUUAUAAGCAUUUAAAAAUGGACCUAAUGAAUAUUUUCUAGAUUCAACUACUGGUGAUCUUUAUCUAUAUAGUAAAGUCACUGAUGAAUGGUUACCUAAAGUCAAUACUGGCUUACAUAAUAGAAGAGAUGCUAUGGAAUAUUAAUCUAUUGGAAGAUUUGUUGUUAAAUCUCCUACUUAUAAACCUAAAUCGAAUACAUUAGCUAAUUAAAAUGAUAUGUUUUGUUCUAUUAAAAAACAAUUCUUGCAUCAUUGGCUCUUUAAAGGUGUAAAUAUGGAAUUCCCUGUUAAUUUGAUUAACCAAUUAGAUAUUCAUCCUAUUACAUUUACUAAUCCAAAUAGAGUAUAACAAUUAUCAUUAUUUUUAGAAAUUUUUAGCUCUUGCUGAAAAUAAUCUCAGAGGACCUUUGAUAAUUGAGAGUGACAAUAUUAUUGCUACCAUGUUUGAAUUAGAAUCUAAAUAAAAAGAUACUAUUAAAAUAUUAUCCAAUUUCAUUGAUAAUGCUGUUAAAAUAAUNAAUAAGAUUAUAAUAUAUAUAUAUAAUGAGAUUUUUAAUAGUAAAUGGUUUUAAUGCAACAUAAGUAAAUAGUAAGACUUUUGAUAAUUUUAGAUCAAGUAUUCAAUAGGUUAAGUUUAUAAUAAUAUAAUAGAUGAUAUCAUCUUAGAGAGAAGUAGCUGAUACUGAAUGUGAAUAUCAUAUUAGAGAUCGUCAUUCUUUAGAUGAUUUUCUUUAUGAGCCAGAGACAAGUUUGAUUAGAAUAGAAUAUGGUCUUAAGUUUGAUUCAUUAGAUAUAGUAUUUAUUAUUGCAUCCCCAAAUUAAAAACCAUGGCAUCCAAAUAUGAGAAAAGUAAUUGAAUAUUCAAUAUAUAAGGUACUUACUUUGAUUCGUAUGUGUUUAAAAACAAAGAAAUUAUUAUUCACUACAUCUUUUGGAGCAUAAGUUAUUGCUUAUUUGUGUUCAACAAAUUUUUCAGUGGUAUAUAUAUAUAAUGUUUAUCUAAAUUUAGUAUGCUAAUAUUACUAACAAUCAUGGAAAUGGUUGUAAAUUAGUAGAUUUCCCAAAAUAUACUUUAUAAGCAUUUAAAAAUGGACCUAAUGAAUAUUUUCUAGAUUCAACUACUGGUGAUCUUUAUCUAUAUAGUAAAGUCACUGAUGAAUGGUUACCUAAAGUCAAUACUGGCUUACAUAAUAGAAGAGAUGCUAUGGAAUAUUAAUCUAUUGGAAGAUUUGUUGUUAAAUCUCCUACUUAUAAACCUAAAUCGAAUACAUUAGCUAAUUAAAAUGAUAUGUUUUGUUCUAUUAAAAAACAAUUCUUGCAUCAUUGGCUCUUUAAAGGUGUAAAUAUGGAAUUCCCUGUUAAUUUGAUUAACCAAUUAGAUAUUCAUCCUAUUACAUUUACUAAUCCAAAUAGAGUAUAACAAUUAUCAUUAUUUUUAGAAAUUUUUAGCUCUUGCUGAAAAUAAUCUCAGAGGACCUUUGAUAAUUGAGAGUGACAAUAUUAUUGCUACCAUGUUUGAAUUAGAAUCUAAAUAAAAAGAUACUAUUAAAAUAUUAUCCAAUUUCAUUGAUAAUGCUGUUAAAAUAAUACGAUUUAAUAAUUCUUAUAAUUCAAUUAGUAUUACUAAUCAAAAAUACUUUUCAUCUAAUAAAGGAUUAGAUAAUAUAGAACUUGUUUUUCAAUCAAAAAAGAAAACCAACAAUCUUAAUCCUGAAGAUUUACUUCAAAAAUAACAGAAGAAUUUUAUGCUUGAAUAUAGAAAAUUACUUAAUAAUGCUAUCUAAGAAACAGAACGAGAUAAAAUAUUUCAUGUUGGAUUCUCAGUUAAAAAAGAUAGAUUACCAGAGUAUUACAUUAUUUAUAUAGUUUUGUCUAGCAAAAUAAUAUUCAAGAUAAAAAUUACAAAGUUACCAGAAGAAAAUCUUUUUAAUUGAAAAAAGCAUAAUUUUUAAGAUAAUAAAGUUAAAUUAAUAUAGGUGGAGAUGAUGAUUAAUAAAUUAGAGAUCUAUAAGAAGAAUCACCUAAAAGGAAAUUACCAUUUCAAAAUGUUAUUACUAUAACUAACACUAAUAAAAGACUUCAUUCCAAAAUUAAUUCACAUCCAAAAACACCAUUAACUAUUGAAAAUGAACAAUUUCAUUCUGAAGAUCCUGAUUUUUAACCACUUUGUUAAUCUACAGUCAGAAAAAUAUUACAUCCAACUCUUGAUGAUGAAUUUGUUGGAUACAAAAAAGUUUGGGUUCCUGGUUAUCUAUCUAAAGAAAGAUUUAAGAAUUCAAAAAUUCCUAAAACUCAAAGAUCAUUACGAACAUAAAUAUUAAGAAAUUAUACAGAAUCUUUAGUUUGA